AUGGGAAAAGGAAGAUCUCCAUGCUGUGAUAAGAGUCAAGUGAAGAAAGGUCCAUGGAGUCCUGCCGAGGACCUGAGACUCAUCACUUUUAUCCAGAAACAUGGCCAUGGAAAUUGGAGGGCUCUCCCUAAAGAAGCUGGGUUGAUGCGAUGCGGGAAGAGUUGCAGGCUGCGAUGGAUUAAUUAUCUCCGGCCAGACGUAAAGCGAGGGAAGUUCACUAGGGAAGAAGAGGAUACUGUGAUCAGGCUUCAUGAAACUUGGGGAAACAAGUGGUCCAGAAUAGCUUCAUGUUUACCUGGAAGAACAGACAACGAGAUCAAAAACAUAUGGAACACUUAUCUGAAGAAGAGAGUUUUCUCGGAAUCCAAACAUCAGAAAAAAGAGUCAACAAAAUUCCCCUCAACUUCAUCUUCUUCUUCUUCUUCAUCCAGCACAUGCACCUCCAGUCCCAACACCAUGCCAUCAAUGGAGGAAAACAGCAUGGUAAUAAAGGAAGUCAACGAACCGGUCAACUCUUCUCUGUCAUCCUCCAAUGUCGCCAACUUUGGUCAAGACGACGUCGUUCUCCUCCCAAACCCAGAAGAGAACAACAAUAAUAAUGCUUAUGAUGAUGGUGACGAAAACCAGGCUCUGAUUUCACUAAUGGAAUUUACAGAAACACCUAUUGAUGAAGCAAUAUUAGAGGAAGUGAACAAGCCGGAGAUGAUUAUCCCUGCUGGAUCAGAUGAGUUUGGAUCAUUCCCUCCUAACCCAGAUCCUCGUGAACCAAUAAUACCAGAAGAAAAUCGAGAAGUUGAGAUAUUUACAGGUGCAGAAAUGGAGUUUGCAGCUGAUUAUCAUCGUCGUCGUCAUCAAGCUGAUCACAAUAGAGAUUGGUUACAGUACUUAGAACAUGAGCUGGGACUGGAAGGAAACAUGGACAACAUCUUUGAUAAUACAGGUCAAGAACAGGUGAUGAACAUUAACUAUUUCUAUCAUGAGAUGUUCAAGCCUACAGAAGAUGAUUUUCUCAUGGAAGUUUUUCAUUUACCAAACAAUAUUUAAUCAUUAGUGGGGCAGAGGGAUCAGAGAAAGUCAAAGUUGACUUUGUUUGUGAU